AUGUCUUUCCUCGCUCGCCGUACCAUCGUCGCUGCCCCGCGCGCCGCCCGUGCCUUCAGCACCACGCCCGCCCGGCCCCUGGCCAAGAUCACCAUCGUCGGCAACCUGGUCCAGACCCCGGAGCUGCAGGCCACGUCCACGGGCCGCGAGGUCCUCAAGUACGCCGUCGCUUCCAACACCGGCCGAGGCGACAACACCAAGACGUCCUACUUCAGGGUUUCCAGCUUCGAGGCGGAGGGUCCCCGUCGCGAUUACUUCCAGACCCUGCCAAAAGGAACUCUUGUCUACGUCGAGGGCGAGGCGACCAACGACAAGUACGAGGAUGCCGAGGGCAAGACCCGCACUGCACUGAGCAUCGUCCAGCGUGAGUCACCACUGAUCCCUCAACGCUCCAACCGCGAGAGCGCGACGCUGACCGCGACUGGUCCGCAGGCAAUCUGGAGGUCCUCCGCAAGCCCCGGGGAGAUGCUCCCCCAAGCUAAAUAG